CUCUCUCUCUAUUUACGCUAAACAUUGUCGUCGUCUCUCUCUCUCUCUCUCUCUCUCUCUCCCUCCGAGAAGAGAAGAACUUUUUGAAACUUUUAAAGUUUUGUUUUUUCGCUUUUUUCUUAUUUUUUUCUCACGAGCUCUUUUAGGGUUUCUGGAAGCUUUAAUCUCACAGUGUGUCCCCCCUCCCGAUCUAACUUUAACUAAAGCUUCUUACUUUAGUUUACCUCUCUCCCGGGGGAAUCUCUUUGUCGGUGGUGGUGCUUCUUCUCCGGUGGUGCUUCACCGGAAAGUUUCUAUGAUUGGUGAGAUUACCCUGGAUCCGAAACAGAGCUUAAAAGUGGGGACUUUGAUGGGGGGUAAUUAAGUUUAGGGAAUGUCUUUGAAUGAAGCAAAGACUACAAAAGAGGAAAGGGAAAGAUUCCAUUUUUAGUUUGUUUUUAGAUAUUGCGGAGCUUUGUCUUUUUUUUUUUUUUUUACUUUUUAAUCUUCUUGUGUUUGGGGAAACUUGCAUGUGAAGGGAUCUUGCGUUGAACGAAUAAACCUGACCGUACUUUCUUCCUUGCUACUGCUACUGCUACUGUGUUUGCUUGAUUUGUUAUCUUCUCUGUCAAGCCUAUGCUGCAAAUCUGUUGAAUAAGGGAUCAAAAAACCAUGGAGGAAGAGAAGCUAGUUGAGUCUUUUUGGUUCUGUUCUCACAGCAACCAAUCUCUGUUUCUAGCCUAAGUUAAUGUCUUUAUGAGCUAGGGAUUAAAAGUUGUUGCCUUUUGGGUGUUGGAUUUUGAGCUAUGGAGGAUAUUGGGUUGGUUAAACAAGGCUGGGAAUGGAUGCAGUCUCAGAAACACAUGUGCUCUAACGCUUGUUCUGCUGUACGGUGUUUCGGGGAGAAGAUAGGGGAGCUCGUGGAGCGUCACUGGCCAUUGGUGUGCAGUGGAUGCGGGAAGCUGUUGGGUCUUCUUCGCCUGUCGAUUGUUUACUGGAAAGAUUGCAUCUUGAGGGGUUUCCGUUGCAGCGCCAAGCUGGGAUCAGCUGCUUUGCUUCUCAUCAUGUGGAGUUGCUUCCUUAGCUUGACUUCCUUGUCUUGCUUGCUCUAUGUUCUCCUCAGUAUGGGAGCUGCUGCAGCUGUUGUUGUGAACUUGGGUUGCACUCCUGGGCUCUUCAUUGUAGGACUGUUUGGUAUUUUGAUUUUAUGGAUGUAUGCAAACUUUUGGAUCACCGGAACAUUGUUUGUAGUCGGAGGCUAUUUAUUCUCCUUAAACCAUGCCCGUCUGGUGGUUCUAAUGGCUGCCGGAUAUGCGAUGUACUGCGUCAAAGUCAGACUUGGAUGGCUUGGUGUUCUGCUCUCUACGAACCUUGCAUUCUUGUCCAACGAUGUGUUAAACUGUCUUCUUCAGUGGUGUGACAAUCUAAGUGAAAAGCCACAACACGAGGAGCCAAAGAAAUCCGAAGAAACAGUCAUAGAAGAAGACUAUCCAGGGGAAUUUGAUUAUCCAUCAGUUCCUGUGGAAGAAGAAGAAGAAGAAGAAGAGACUGAGAAAAAAAUUCACGAGAACAAGUCAUCUGCUGAACCAGCUGCUCCUACUACAACUGUUGUUAAUACCGUGAAGGAGAUUACUAGUGUUAAGGUAGUCAAAGUAGACACAAGUUCGUCAGCUGAUGAAAUGAAGAGAAUACUGAAGAGUGUGAACCAUUACGAAGCGUUGGGGUUCCCUCGGCAUAAAAAGAUCGAUGACGCUGUGCUUAAGAAAGAGUAUAGAAAGAAGGCAAUGUUGGUUCAUCCUGAUAAGAAUAUGGGAAGUCCUUUGGCGAGUGAAUCAUUCAAGAAACUUCAUUGUGCUUACGAGGUUCUUUCUGAUAUUGUAAAGAAGAGAGAUUAUGAUGAGCAAUUAAGAAAAGAAGAGUCUAAGACCAGGAGUGUUUGUCAGACAUCUCAUGCUUCUUCCCAUCAGAGUGGUCCUGGUUAUCGUGCAGAAGAGUCAAGGCGGAUACAUUGUACAAAAUGUGGUAAUUCACACAUAUGGGUAUGCACCAGUAGGACUAAAGCAAAAGCAAGAUGGUGCCAGGAUUGUGGUCAAUAUCAUCAAGCGAAAGAUGGAGAUGGAUGGGUCGAACUCAAAGGGACAUUACCCUUUGAGAGAGCACAUAAGAUUGAGAUACCACGUGCUUUUGUUUGUGCGGAAAGCAAAAUCUUUGACGUGUCAGAAUGGGCCAUUUGCCAGGGAAUGGCGUGUAGACCAAACACGCAUAGGCCGAGCUUUCAUGUGAACAUGGUUGGGUUAGAGAAGUCAACGCAGAGAUCAAACUCGAGUAGGUUCCCAUGGGAUCUAGACGUGGAGAUGAUGGAUGAGGACGAAGAAGAGUUUGAGCUGUGGCUUCAGCAAGCUCUUGCUUCUGGUCUGUUUUGCGAGACCUCGAAACGCAGGAAAAGCUGGAGUCCUUUCAAGUUAAGCCAGAUGAAAAGCAAGAAACAGUGGCGAAGGACAUCUACUUGAUGUGUAUAAGCUUUAUUAUUGUUACCCACAGGGGUACAAGAAUAGAUCAAAAUAGGAUUCACACAGCAAAAGUGAAUGCAAAGAUCUGAGUAGUAGCAAAGCAUACUUUCUUUUGGUGGGGUCUUUCUCUGUAAAUAGAAGCUGUUGGAUUCUUCUUGUUCACUUGUUUUGUUUGGUCUUGUAAACUACUUUGGAGCAAAAAAAAGAAUUAAAGAAGCUGUUUAUUUUUACGUGAAA